AUGGGAGGCAUGACAGCUCUCGAGUGGCCUCUCUGUGCGCCGCCUGGCUUCGUGAAGCUAAUUAUCCCCAUUGCAACCUCCGCUGCCCAGACUGCCUGGGGGAUCGCAUGGUCUGAGAUCCAGAGGCAAUGCAUUUACUCUGAUCCCUUGUUCCACGGCGGUUACUAUGAUCCCAAUCAGCAGCCAAAAUCCGGAAUUGCGACAGCACCGGCACCAGCAUGCACUAGCACGGGCAAUCCAACGAGGAGGUUAUUUUCUGCGCAAGAUUAUCUCGACUACCAAGGAUCCAAGUUCGUGCGUCGCUUCGACGCGAACUGCUAUCUCCACCUCACCCACAAAAUGGAUAUGCAUGAUGUUCGGCGUGGCCGGGUGUACAAGGACUAUGAUCCCCAUUUCAAUGACGAGAGUACUCCUCCUCCUCCUUUAGCCACCGUACUCUCGGGUAUGCCACCGCCUACCUUGGUUGUUGGUAUUGAAUCCGAUGUCCUCUUCCUUCUUGCCCAACAACAUGAGCUUGCUGCCGGCCUUCCGGAUGCUACUUUAACGAUGCUCAAGUCAUUUGACGGACACUAUGCUUUUCUUCUCGAGUUUGAACAACCGAAUCAUCUCAUUAUCGACAGGCUGAAACGGCGAUUCCCAGGCAUGUACGAAGGGUUUACCGAGAGGGUGGCUGAGAUUAACAUGUCUCAUUUGGCGAUCGGAGUCAGUGUGAGUGAGAUUGAUUGA